CUAUCAUCAUCUGCCUGGUAAUCACUGGUGUCGUCCUCUGGCCCCCAGGCCCUGUUUCUAGGUCCCUGGGCCAACAAGAUGCUGGAGCGAGGCGCAGAGGCCGAGGCCCGGGUCACCGAUCCUAGUCCCACUGACAAGGAACCAGUCAUCAAAGGAGGAGUUCCUCACCAGGGCCCGCCGCAGAAGCCCAGCCAGUCUGCUCCAGGGCCCGCCGCGUCCGAGGGAGUGCCUUCCCGACCCCGCCGACGGCCCCCGCCCCAGCGCCCGCACCGCUGCCCCGACUGUGACAAGGCCUUCUCAUACCCAUCCAAGCUGGCCACGCACAGGCUGGCCCACGGCGGUGCCCGCCCCCAUCCGUGCCCUGACUGCCCCAAGGCCUUCUCCUAUCCGUCUAAGCUGGCGGCCCACCGCCUCACGCACAGCGGCGCGCGCCCGCACCCGUGCCCACACUGUCCGAAGGCCUUCGGCCACCGCUCCAAGCUGGCGGCCCAUCUCUGGACGCACGCGCCAUCCCGCCCCUACCCGUGCCCAGACUGCCCUAAGUCCUUUUGCUACCCCUCCAAGCUGGCGGCCCACCGCCACACGCACCACGCCACCGAUGCCCGCCCCUAUCCUUGCCCACACUGCCCCAAGGCUUUUUCGUUCCCCUCCAAGCUGGCCGCCCAUCGCCUGUGUCACGACCCUCCCACCGCUCCCGGCAACCAAGCCAAUGCCCGGCACCGCUGCUCCAGCUGCGGCCAGGCUUUUGGACAGAGACGCCUCCUGCUCGUUCACCAACGCAGCCACCACCAGGCGGAGGGCCAGGGAGACCGGGAGUGA